AUGUACGAAGGGAUUGACAACCUGAAAUCCCUUUACGACCGUGCCGGGAAGACUUUCUCCGGCGGUCCUUCUGCGGCACAGGAUGUGCCGCGUCGUACUGCUCAACCAGACCCAGUACGUCAAUCAUCAGUUGGGAGCGGGGCUCCCAAGAAUCCCAGGACGGGGGAUAGCCGCGCCACCGGACGAGAUAACUCGUCCGACGUCCGUUCACGUCGCGGUGGUUCAACAGCUGCUCAACUAGAUAGCGCUGGCCACCGCGAGAGUCCUCUAAUGGAGGUGGAGGAGGAGGAAAGACGCUCUCCACACGAUCAUGUGGAUCGGUGUGUUCCCGAGAGCUUCUUUGAUCGCGUAACGCAAGGGUUACGCGACGAUCUCGAACAUGAGCGGAAUAGGCGUCUCCAAAUGGCGGACACUGCCUCGAAGCAUCGAGCUGAGUUUGCCUUUGCUCAGCUUGAGAACGAGAGAUCUCUGACAUCUCUUCGUGACGAGCUAAGGGUAGCUCGUGGGAUUGCUGAUCGGUCUCGGGAUGAGAUAGCUGCUCUUCAGACCCUUGUUGAUGCCCACCAUCGGGAGCACAAGGCUCUCUGCGAGAUGCUUGAGCGCAAGGGCGUUCUUCAUCGGAAGAAGCAGCGUACUGAUGGUACGGCUUAA